ACAUGCAUUUUUGUUGUGGAAACGAACACAAACAAAACAUUCAUAACUAGGAUUCAUACCUACUCACGCUGAACAGAAAUGUAAAUUACACAUUUUCCUUUAUAAGAAAAGUAGGUUAGGGAUGUACAUAGGAUAAUUAAUAGGCUACACGACAAGCGUUGAAAAGGUUCAAAGUAAUUCUCGUUGAAAGAUGUUGCUUUCACGGAUCAAACCAGCCAAAGCCUCUUCUUCUCAAGAAAAGGAAAGCAAGAAAGAGAAGAAACUUCCGCAGUUUGAAGACUUUAUCAAACAAAGAGACUAUACUGGUGCAAUAACAAUUCUAGAGUUCAACAGGCAUUCUGGCAAGAGUACAGAUCUUGAUGACAUGUGGCUGGCAUACUGUGCCUUCCACCUGGGCGACUACAAACGUGCUCUCGAGGAGUAUGAGAGAAUGCUGAAAAAGAAUCCUACUGAUCCCAACCUGUGUCUCAGCGCUUCCUGCUGCUACUUCUUCUUGGGAAUGUACAAGGAGUCUGAUGAAGCAGCAGGGAAAGCGCCCGCCUCGCCUCUGAAGACGAUCAUCAUGUUCCAUCUGUCGCACAAGUUCAAUGACGAGAAACGAUUGAUGACAUUCCACUCGCAGCUGCAGGACCACAUGGAGGAUCAGCUGUCUCUUGCCUCGAUCCACUACCUGAGAAGUCACUACCAGGAGGCCAUCGACAUAUACAAGCGCAUUCUCCUGGACAACAGGGAGUACCUGGCGUUGAACGUCUACGUGGCGAUGUGCUACUACAAGCUCGACUACUACGACGUCUCGCAGGAGGUUCUCACCGUUUACCUGCAGUCGCACCCUGACAGCGUGAUCGCUGUCAACCUGAAGGCUUGCAACCACUUCAAACUCUACAACGGCAAGGCGGCAGAGGCAGAGUUGAAAUCACUGCAGGACGUCUCCUCCUCGUCAUCCUUCUCGUUCGGGCGCGAUCUCAUCAGGCAUAAUCUAGUCGUGUUUCGUGGAGGUGAGGGCUCCUUGCAGGUGCUGCCACCUCUGAUCGACAUUAUCCCAGAAGCUCGUCUCAAUCUCGUCAUAUACUAUCUUAAGCAAGAUGAUGUACAAGAGGCCUACAACCUGAUUAAGGAGCUUGAACCGGCAACACCCCAGGAGUACAUUCUGAAAGGAGUCGUGAACGCUUCGCUCGGGCAGGAACAGGGAUCGAGAGAGCAUCUGAAGAUCGCUCAACAGUAUUUCCAGCUAGUUGGCGGCUCAGCAAGCGAAUCAGAUACGAUACCGGGACGACAGUGCAUGGCUUCGUGCUUCUUCUUGCUGAAACAAUUCGAGGAUGUGCUCAUCUAUCUCAACUCCAUCAAGAGCUACUUCUACAACGACGACAUGUUCAACUUCAACUAUGCGCAAGCCAAGGCCUCCGUCGGAAACUACAAGGAGGCAGAAGAGGUGUUUAUGCUUAACCAGAGUGAUAAGGUGAAGAAUGACUAUGUCUACAUCAGCUGGCUCGCCCGCACAUAUAUCAUGAAUCGUAAGGCGCGGCUUGCGUGGGAGCUCUACCUGAAGAUGGAGACGUCGAGUGAGUCGUUCAGUCUGCUGCAGCUCAUCGCUAACGACUGCUACAAGAUGGGUCAGUUCUACUACGCAGCGAAGGCGUUCGACGUGCUGGAGCGACUUGAUCCGAACCCGGAGUACUGGGAGGGCAAGCGUGGUGCCUGCGUUGGUCUCUUCCAGCUAAUCAUCGCCGGACACGAGCCAAAGGAGACGCUGCGAGACAUCAUACAGAUACUACGCAACACGGCCAACCCGCAGGUCGAGUUCAUCAUCAGAAUCAUGAAGAAAUGGGCCAAGGAGAACCGAGUGGCAGUGUAACGUUUCUCGUCAUUACAUCCCAAUGCUCGCAAUCUACAGAUAGUAUCAUACAGAAGUCAAAGUGAACCAUGGGGAACCGAGUGGCAGUGUAAUGUCUUAUGCUCUCGCAGUUCCAAGCUACAUGGCAGGUAUGGUCAUCGUGCGUCACACAUCAGAUUCGCAGCACAGGUUUUUCUCUGUGGGCUUGCCCUAGAGCGGCAUGUGGUCGCACGUGUCGCGUAGUGUGCAGUAGAUGUGUGAAAGUGGGGUUAUACAGGUGCGAGCCUUUAUGUAGUCCUGCCUUAAUGUGAAGGUGAUGGUUAACACCGUGUGGUGUGAUGCUGUUAUGCAUGCACGACUUAUGAAUUCCGUCCACUUGAUCCGGCCAGUGUAAAGACAAUGUACAGUAAUGUAGUGCGUGCACUUCUCUUGCUCUCUCUCCCUCUCCCUCUCUCUCUCUCUCUGUCUCGCUCUCUCACUCUCGCUCACUCCCCCUUUCUUUUUAUUUCCCCCCUCCAUUUCCCUUCACUGCCUCCCUCUCUCUCUCUCUCUCUCUCUCUCUCUUGCUCUCACCAUUUCGCUCUCGCUCUCUCCCUCUUUCCGUCCG